AUGGCACAGGACUGGAAGAGCGCUGAUCUGGAAAUUGGGCAGCCGGGAGUUGAAGCCAUGGAGGAGCAGACGAAGAUGGGUGCCUCCACGACCCUCAGGGGCUGGAAGAUUGGUUUGGCUCUACUGGCCAUAGGACUGUGUGCUGCUUCUGCUAUCUUCUUCACAAUCCACAACCAGAAACAAAAUGUCACACAGGGAAGUGAAGUUCUAGGCCACACUUUGAGGCAACUCUCUAAAAGGCACACGGGGACCAGCCAAAUAGCCAUUCAUUUAGAAGGAGAUACCAAGCUCGAGACAGGUGAAGAUGCAAACGAGGUGCAAUGGAAGGACGACGUUGACCAUGCAUUCCAUCAUGGGGGCCUGAAACUGGUGGACAAUGAGAUUGUCAUUCCCAAGAAGGGCUUGUACUUUGUCUAUAGCCAAGUGUCCUUCGACGUCGACUGUGGCAGCACCACUGACCAUGAGCACCCGAGCCAUGCGGUCCGGCGCAAGUCGAAGGUGUUUGAGGGAGAGCAUACACUGCUGAAUACAAUGCGCUCCAGCUGCCAGGGGGCUAGCAAUGACCACUGGUAUGGUGCCAUCAACCUGGGAGCCGUCUUCAGCCUGGAGGAGGGUGACCUUUUGAGCACCACGACGGGGCCCAUGCCCUUCGUGGAAGAAUCUGCUGGGAAGACCUUCUUUGGAGUGUUUGCUCUCUAAGUCAGUGUGUGUGUGUGUGUGUGUGUGAAUGUAUGUGUUUUUGAACGAUGUCUAAGGCGAGAAUAGAAGGAGAGCAAUGUGUGAAGUUGUCUUUAAGAAUACACUUGUUUUAUGUUAAAACAAUGUUCACUCCAUUGUAGAGUUCUACAUUGAGAUCAUGCUGGAUCAUGAUCUAUUUCAUUUGAAAUGUAUACUUAUGUAUGUUAUAUGUAUACUUAUACAUCUUGAUGUAUCUGUGCAGUAUUUGCAUAUUUACUGUAUUUACAGAAACAUGAAGUGAUGUCGGUGAUCACUGUUGACCACUACAUAAGACUA